CUCUUCCUGGAGAAAUGUCCUUUCCGGUGACGUCAGAGCCGGUAAAGCAUGGCUGCCGCCACGAGACUAGGACCAAAGUUGAGCCUGCUGGUUCAUCUGCUUAUUUUUAGCUGGUAUGUUUUUACUAUCUGGAGCAACUGUACUCUGCAAACCUCGGACAGACACCCUGGUGUGCGAUCAUACGGAGGACGCUGGAAAUACCUGACGUUUAUUAAUCUGGUGUCGCACGCGCUGUUUUUUGGGCUGUGUGUGCUGGCGGACGCGGUGCACAGCGCUGUAUCUGUCAAACAGAGCCGCAGCGGGGCUCCUCUGCUCCUCACCAGAGCCAGAGACUUCUACUUCACUGCUCUGGCGUUUCCCGUCGGGACUUUUGUGUUCGUUUCUUUCUGGACUCUCUACACUUAUGACAGAGAGCUGGUGUACCCAAAAAUGUUAGACGAGAUCAUUCCCAUCUGGCUGAAUCAUGCAAUGCACACAGUGAUCAUGCCGCUGCUGCUGCUGCAGAUGUUCCUUCAGAAUCACAGAUAUCCCAGUCGCACAAAAGGGAUCUUCAGUCUGGCUUUAUUUGCUGCCCUGUAUCUGUCAUGGGUGUUGUGGGUGCACCAUGCGUCAGGGAUCUGGGUGUAUCCUAUCAUGGCUCACUUGAGUCCCGUGGGAUUGUGUGUUUUCUUCGGAGGCGCGUCGCUCAGCAUGGCUCCUCUUUACCUGUUAGGAGAGAAGCUCAGCCUCAUGAUGUGGAGCAGCACAGGGAAUCAGAAGAAGAAAAAGAAGUAGAUGUCUACUGGAAUCCACAUUAACCGUGUGGAGCUCAAACCAGCCAAACAACACUUUACAGAGCACAAAGCAACAGCUUCAGUAGCAGUACUUGUAUUUUAUACAAGAGGGGCGUGAUUCGCCCCAGCAUGCAUACAGUACACAUGAAAUGUGUUUACGCUAAUCGUGCUGAUAUUUUAUUCUGUUAUUUGUUUUCUCUUUUGACCUAUUUUUGUGAUUCUAAGUAAAAUGCUGUAUUUUUAAAAUAAUUUUCAUUAUUUUAGAAUUGUGUAAUUCCAGACACUAAUUUUUCCAGAAUGCUGCUGUUCAUUAAUUAAGGGACCGUUAGUACUGAGCACUUUCCCCUUCUCAGAUUCAUGAUCUUUAUUUUAAAACAAGUCUGAGCUGGUGAGCAGUUUCCAAUGGCAGUUAGUGUCACGCUGUGUAAAUGUGUCACAAGAUGUGUCCGAGGGCUUUCUGAAUGACACACUUCAACCUGUGUGAACUCUGGUAAUCUCACCAGUGAAGCCCUUAAUGUGAUUUUCCGGCUUUGCCCAGAGUUUGAUGAUGGACUUUAUUGGAAACAAGUAAACCCAAGUAAUCUGUGACCUUGCUGUAACGCACGUUUAAUUCACAUCCAGAGAGAUGGCUCUGCAUGCAUUCUUUCACUGACCCUUUCAAUGACAGGUUUCAUCAAAUAAGACUAUAUUUCAUGAAAUCUGAAAUUUUUUAAUAAUUAUAUUGUCAGCUUGUUGACAGUAUUAAGCAGAAUAGAGUGCUUCAUUGCCAUUAUGGUGUGUUUCCUCUUCAUUUUAAUAUGUGUGUAAAACAAAUGUACGAACAGUGGAUGAAUCUGUUCGCUGGUGAUUACAGGGUGACUGUAGAUGAUUCCUGCACUCAUACAGUAGAUUAUGGCACUUGUAUAUGGAAAAUAUGUGAUGCACUGACAUUUAAACUGUCAUCAGUGACACUUAAGAGGGCCAAACAUGGUUUCUGUUAUUACAGUUAUGUAAUUAUUACUAAUGUCAUCUAUGUCCUUUAUUCAUAAACAAUAAAAUCUCUGUUCUUUAAUUCA